GAGGGAGCGGGCGGGAGGGAGAGGAGGUGAAGGGGCGUUUUCAAACCCUGCAGCGGCUAGGGCUGAACCUGAGCCCCUCUGGGCACCGCUGGUAACGGCGGGUGGCAGCCGCUCCCCUGUCAGAUCUCUGACGGAGAGAGGAGGGGGGAAACGGCGGGAGAAGGAGAAGGACGCGUCCCGUCGCUGGCUCCCAGGAGAAGACACACGAUGAACCCACUGACAGAAGUUACAGCUAGCUAAACAGCUAUAAAAUGCCCAAAUUUGGGUCAACAAAAACAGUUCACGUUGAAAAUUCUGACAGUGACAGCACCAUGGUGGAAAAAACAACUGCAAGAAAGAGCAAGGACAAGAUUGCUUCCUACAGCAAAAACCCCAAAGUGGAUAGAAGUGAUGUGGGGAAGGAGAUGAAAGAAAAGCCUUCCAUAAAACGGAAACUUCCUUUUACCAUUAGUCCGUCUCGAAAUGAAGAUCGGAAUUCAGACACAGACAAGGAAGGACCUGAGAAAAAGAAACUGAAGAAGGAUGCUGCAAAUAAGAAGUCAACGCCAGUUAGCAUCCUGUUUGGCUAUCCUCUGUCAGAGCGCAAGCAGAUGGCACUUCUCAUGCAGAUGACAGCAAGAGACAACAGCCCAGAUUCCACCUUAAAUCACCCCUUACAAACACCACCAUCGCAGAAGAAAACUCCAACCUCUUCUUCAAGGCAGAAAGACAAAGUGAACAAGAGAAAUGAGAGAGGGGAAACUCCACUACACAUGGCAGCAAUCCGGGGGGAUGUCAAACAAGUGAAGGAGCUGAUCCGCUUAGGUGCGAAUGUCAACGUAAAAGAUUUUGCAGGUUGGACACCACUGCAUGAAGCUUGUAACGUCGGUUACUACGAUGUCGCCAAAGUCCUGAUAGCAGCAGGAGCUGACGUGAACACACAGGGCUUGGAUGAUGAUACACCACUUCAUGACUCUGCUAGCAGUGGGCACAGGAAUAUUGUGAAGCUGCUGCUUCGACACGGUGGAAACCCAUUCCAAGCCAACAAGCAUGGAGAGAGACCUGUGGAUGUUGCUGAGACAGAAGAGCUGGAAAUGCUGUUGAAAAGGGAGGUGCCCAUCUCUGAUGAUGAGGAGAGCUGCUCAGAUUCUGAAGAACCUCCAUCUGUAAACCCCUCCAGUGUAGAGGCAAAUGUUGAUUCAGAAGUGGAAAAGGACUCUAUAGCCAACGACAGCAAACAAACAGUCCCCAGUAAGGCACCGCUUCCACCUGCCCUUGAUGAAUACGAGUUCAAAGAUGAUGAUGAAGAUGAAGUGAAAAAAAUGAUUGAUGACAAGCACAUCCUCAGAAAAGACCUAAGGAAAGAGGAUGAGGCUGAAGGUGCGAAGAACAGCUUGUUUGUGAAACAGGAAAAAGUUACCUUUUCGAAAUCAUUUAAAAGCAAAAAGCAAAAACCCUCUAGAGUUCUGUAUUCAAGUUCUGACAGCUCAGAUGAAGAGAUAUUUCAGGACAAGAAGGUCGUCUCUCCUUGCUCUAUUUCAGAGACCUCAAACUCAGAUGUAAGAGUGAAGAAAGAAUAUGUGGUUCCAAACGAGCACAAGCAAAAAGGCAAAGUUAAGAGGAAACUAAAAAAUCAGAGCAAAAACAAAGAGAAUCAAGAACUAAAGCAAGAAAAAGAAAAUGCUAGGGUAACAAAUAUAGCUGCUUCUGGGUUAGAUUCCUUAGAUAAAACUCGAGAGGAAGAGACAUUCAAGAAGUCUUUAGCCUCAAAAGAAAGUACUGUACAUGUCGUUCAUAUCACUGCUGGCAAGUCUCCAAAGCACCCCUGUGGGUUAAGUGAAAAGCAGGCCUCGCCUCUAAAGCAAGAGAACACCAAAACCUGCUUAUCUCCAGGAGGCUCUGAAAUGACUUUGCAGUCUGAUUUAACACGGUAUGAUCACAACACCGAUUCUGAGUAUCUGGUAGAAAGUUCUAGUGGCAAGUCUUGCAAGCACAAAGAAAAAAGCAAGCAUCAUCAGAAAGAGUUUCACUUAGAAUUUGGUGAAAAAUCCAGUCCUAAAGUGAAAGAGGAAGACAACAGCUCAGCAUUUGAGAGUUCAGAGUAUACUGUGAGAAAGAUCGACAAGGAAGGUAAAACACUUAAGAAGCGUAAAUUAAGGCACAAAGACAGAGAAAAGGAGAAGCACAAAAAGGAACAGGAUGGAGAGAAGGAAAAACAUAAACACGUGAAAGAGGUUCAAAGAAGCAUUGAGUUUGACAGAGAAUUUUGGAAAGAGAACUUCUUUAAAAGUGAUGAAAAUGAAGACAUGUUGUUAAAUCUAGACCAUGAAUCUCUCUCUUCAGACAGAAAAUCAAAGCUAGAGAAAGCUGUGGCAAAAGAAGAUAAAUUAGUUAAGGAAAGACAGUUCCAGAGAAAUGCUAAAGAGGAGAGAGAGAAAGAGAAAAGCAAAAAAGAAAAUGAGAGGUUUCUGAAGGAUGAAAGAAUAAAGGAUACAAAAGAAGAGAAAGAAAUGAUGCUUGCAGAUAAAGAGAUGGAACUGUUCCUUGUUGUUAAGGAUGAGGCUGUGAGCAUGAAUUUAAUAGAGAAGGAAACAGAUGCUGCAAAGCAGGAAAAGCAUUUAAAGGAAAAUAAAGAAAAAGCUGAAAAACGAACCUCAGCAAAAGAAAAAGACAUUGAAAAAAUGGAAAGGAAAACUGGAGAGAAAGAGAAAAAGGCAAAAGAAAAAACAGAAGUAAAUGAAAACACAGAGAAAGUCAAGGAGAAGCCAAAUUUCCAGCAAGCAGAAAGGUGCCAUAAGGACAAUGAUAAAAUCAAAAGCCUGGGUACCCUUAAAAAACCUGAUGACAAAGAAAGAAAUAAAGAGAAACCUGAUAAGAAGCAUGAUAAAGAGAAGGCUGAUAAAGACAGACACUGGCCUGAAAGCAAAGAAAAACACUGCACUGAAAGGAAAGUCAAACAGUCUGACAAAGACUCUGAAUAUACUAAAUCGGAAAAAAGCAGAGCGAAAGAAAAGGAGCCUGACAAAAAAGACAGAUGCAAAGACAAGGAGAUGGCAGCAGCAGCAGCGAACUCUAAACACCUGCAGGAGGAAAGGCGGUGCGGUGGGACGGAAAGCACCAAAACGGCACAUGACAAACUGGCAUCUGUGAGAGAAAAACCAAAAGAUGACCUGUUGAAGACUCCAGAUGGCAGGGAGAAAGAUAAAAAAGAGAAAGAUAUCGACCGGUACAAAGAGAGAGACAAGCAUAAAGAGAAACUGCAUCAGAGCACUUUGCUGAAACCGAAACUGGAACACGAGAAAGUUAAGCCUAAACCAGCUCCUCCCCCGAAGGACGCUCGGCCUAAAGAGAAGAGAUUAGUCAACGAUGACUUAAUGCAGACGAGUUUUGAACGAAUGCUUAGCCUUAAAGAUCUGGAGAUAGAGCAGUGGCACAGAAAACACAAGGAGAAAAUAAAACAGAAAGAGAAGGAGCGUUUAAGAAACCGCACUUCUGUAGAACUCAACAAGAUGAAAGAGAAACCCAAACACUCCUUAGCUGAGGCUAAGAGCAAAGAGCUGAUGCGUUCGAAAAGCUCGGAGCUGCCAGAUGCCUGCGUGAAGGAGAAGCAGCAGAAAGAUGCUACAAGUAGUAGAUCUCAGUCUGUAGAUGCCAGAAGUGUCAAUGUUAUAAAGCCUUCCUUCGCCUUAGAGAACUCAAAUAGAUCCCCCAAAUCAGAAAGCGAAAAGACAGGUCUGAGCUCCAGGUCAGUGUCCAUGCUUUCAGUUGCAAGCUCUGAGGAUUCCUGCCACGCCAUGGCAGCCACUCCCCGGCCUGUAACCGAAUAUGACUCGGACUUUACGCCAGAAGGUUCUGACUCCCAGAUGUCUUGUUCGCAGUCACCGUUUUUGGCGGCUGCCAAAUCUCCAGCCUUCCCUGAGAAGGAGCCUGAGGGGCCGGCCGAGCUGCCCGACCGCCCUAAGCCACCUUUCACAAGCAGGCUUGCAACGGCGUACAUCAGAUCGGUGUCUAUCGAGGAUGCUAAACUGGUUUUGAAUGAGUGUCGACCCGUGGUGGAGGUUCGAAGGUGCAGCGUGCCGGCUGCUGUUUCUGAACCUAGCAGGCAGCCCCGAAUAUCAGAAGAGCAUAACCAGAAUGCUCUGCUGUCAGCUCAGGCUUUUGCCAGCACUUCUCCUAAAGCAGAGCUGCCCUGCAGCGUGCUCGAAAGAGACUCUCAGAACAGUAUGUCUGGUUUGCAGUCCAACUUCUCAUCAUCUCCAACGGUUAGCAACAAGCAGGCAGCAAUGGGUACAAGUACUGUUAAAAAUAGCCUUCAGACGGGCCCCUCCGGAGACUCUAACACGCGUUUAGAGCCAUGCAGUCAAACUGGUGUGACUCAGCAAGCCAAACCGUGGGAUGUGCCUUUUGACAGACUCAGUUCAUUAAACAAUGAGUGCAACAGCUCAGGUUAUGGUGUAGCAGAGCAAGAUACCAGCAGCUUUGCAGCAGCACCUAGUUCUGAAAACAGGACAUUAAAAGAGCAGCAGGUAUCUCAAUUUGUGCCUCAGCACGCUGAGAUUAAGGGAAGUUCCACUUCUCAAGAAUCUGCAUCUUUUUUGCCUUCACAGUCUCUGCCUUCUUUACCUGCGCAGCCACUCCCAGACGAGUCUAAGCACAUCUCUUUACCAGGCAUUAGCAGCCAAGAUUCAUCAUUUGCACACCAAAAUCUAGUUCAAAUUACAGCACCUACUUUGGAUACAGAUAGUGUUAGUACCAGAGAGCUGGAAAGCUCUUUCUGCCCUUCCAACACCAGGAGGGCUGAUGCACCCACUGUUGUGUGUUCUGAGAGCUCUGCAAAGGAUGUUUCACAGAGCUGUGAGAGGCUGAACGAUUCACCUACGGCAUCGACAGAAAAAGAUACCCCUGGGAGUGAGAGCAGUUCACAAUUACUCCUAAACUCCUGCACGGUCAGUAAAGCUGUGUGUAAGAACGCUCCGAGCGAAGCAGGUGGUAACACAGCAGAUGCUUCUGACAUCAGAAAUGAGAAAGGCCAAGAGAAGCUGUGUGCAGGGCAUGUUGUUGAUAGCAAAGCCAACCCUGAGCUCUGUGAACUAAGUUCCGGAAUGUCAAAGGGAACUAUGAGCGAAUCAGCUCCUAAAAAGCCCUGCACUGCAGACAGAGAAAAUGUAUUGACAGAUGAGCCACCACAGUUCUCCUCUUUAUCUAGUUCAGGUAAUAGCUUGCAACAGAUGGCACAGGAAGAGGGGCAGAAAUACGGCCAAACAGUGAAACUGGAAGAUGAAACUGCUGAGGAUCAGAAGGUGGAACAGCAAGAAGUACCUCAAAGAAUCACGAGGAACAGAGCUAAUAUGCUUGCCAGCCAGGGGAAGCAGAAUCCCCUUGGCUUCACACAGACAUCAGAAAAAGAGUCAGAGUCCUCAGCCUCUCUGAGAGCAAGGAUUAGACUGACUGAAGAGGAGGACGCUCAGGUCCAUCAUCCACGUAAAAGAAAGGUGUCGCGUGUGCCACAGCCUGUGCAAGCGAACCCUUCUUUACUGCAGGCUAAGGAGAAGACCCAGCAGUCGCUGGCAGCUAUUGUUGAUUCUCUGAAGCUGGAGGAGAUUCAGCCUUAUAGCUCUGAGAGAGCAAACCCCUAUUUUGAGUACUUGCACAUAAGGAAAAAGAUAGAGGAGAAGCGCAAGCUGCUGUGCAGUGUUAUUCCUCAGGCACCUCAGUACUAUGAUGAAUAUGUGACCUUCAAUGGCUCAUACCUGCUGGAUGGCAAUCCUUUGAGCAAAAUCUGCAUCCCAACUAUUACACCACCUCCCUCUCUCUCAGACCCACUUAAGGAACUAUUUAAACAACAAGAGGUUGUGAGGAUGAAGCUACGUUUGCAGCACAGCAUUGAAAGGGAGAAGCUUAUUGUUUCAAAUGAACAAGAAGUUCUACGUGUUCACUACCGAGCAGCACGAACUCUGGCUAACCAAACACUACCGUUCAGUGCCUGCACCGUUCUGCUGGAUGCCGAGGUUUACAACGUUCCUCUGGAUGCUCAGGCUGAUGACAGCAAAACAUCGGUUAGAGAUCGGUUCAACGCGAGGCAGUUCAUGUCGUGGUUACAGGAUGUGGAUGAUAAGUUUGACAAGUUAAAGACGUGCCUUUUGAUGAGGCAGCAGCACGAAGCAGCAGCGUUAAACGCGGUACAGAGACUGGAGUGGCAGCUUAAGCUCCAAGAGCUUGAUCCUGCUACCUACAAAUCCAUCAGCAUUUAUGAAAUUCAGGAGUUUUAUGUUCCUCUUGUUGAUGUUAACGAUGACUUCGAGUUGACACCAAUAUGACAUUGAGCACCUUGUGGCUGACCCUUUUUUCCUCUUGGACAGCUAAAGAUUGAGGCGCAGGGACACACAAAAGGUAUUUUUUCUUUGCAGACAAAGCACUUAAUUCUGUGGAAUUCCCUCUCAAUAAUUCUGGUGUUCCUUCAGAGAAGUGUAGCUCAGGCUCUUGUUGGGGACACAGAAGAUGAAUCCUAAUUUUAAAGCCCAUUUCCCAGUAACUUGCCUGUGGCUUUAAAGCUUGCUGCUGCAAAAUGACAAAACAGGGCAAGCUAACAGCGCUGGAAGCUGUUAGUAACUAAAACAGCCCCCAAAAACAAAACCACCAACCACAAAGGACACUUCAAAAUCUGCUGUAAAGCUUUGCAUUGAAAAACUUCAGUAACACUCAGACUCCCACAGAAAGAGGAUGAGAAAGCCUGUGGAAGAAAAUAUCCAACCUGGAGGAAAAUAGUCUUAUUAAUCUUAUUACAUUUUGUAAAGUGCUGUACAGUUUUCUUUUUUGGGGGGUGGGGAAGGGAAAGAUGUAAUAUUGUUUUCAUUUUUAAAUAAUUUAUUUUCUACCUAUUGUGCAAAUGUAAAUAGUCUUGUAAUUAAUGUGCAGAUCUUUUAACUGUACAACUGUUUUGUUAUUUUCCUGUCUAAGGUUUUAUUGGACCAAAGUUGUUGUUGGUUUGGUUUUUUUUUCCCUGCGGUGUAACGUGUUCCUGAUUGGCAGUUCUGGUUUUGGUUUGGGUUUUUUUUUGGUAGGGAAUGUGUUUGAUUUCGCUGCUUGUUUCAUCACCAUGACUGUAAAAGAGUUGAGACAGAACUGUACUGCAUGCUUCACAGUCCCCCUGAAAACUCCUGUGCUUCAAUAACUGAUCCCUAAACAACUGUAAUACCUACACCCACCACAUCUCACAUCAGUCUGCUGUUGUCAUGCCACACCUACCACUUACUGUACUGAAGAUAUCAUUUGUGUAAAACAAGCAAACAAAAACCCAACAAACACCUUUUGCUCUUACAUGGUGGUCUCGUAAUAGAGCCUAUUUUUUUUUCCAACUAAAUGCCUUUGAAUGAAAAUUCUUAAAUUGUACAUUGUCUAUUUUAAUAUUAAUCUAUGGAAGGACAUAUGUGAAUAGCUGUAAAUAGAAUGUUUAAUAAAUUUUAUUGGUCAUGUUGCUCGUUGGAA